AUGAAGGAGUUAUCUCUUCGCACACGUUUGGAUCCGGAAAAGAGACGUCAAACAACGGAAAGCUUGCUCGAUAAGAUACUCCAGAAUGAGAACUGCGUUACUUUGAUGAGAAAUUGGGGAAUCGAGUUACAUAACAAACUCGUCAGUUUCAGAUCAAGGCAAUUACCACCGGAAACGCUGCUUGGAUCAGACCCGCGUGGAUACACAGGAAUACGAGCUGAAUGGGCCAAACAUGUCAAGAUUAAUGGCAACUAUCGAGGGAUGUGCUUGGUAAACUGGGUGCUGAUUGCUCCAAAUAGUGAUGAUGGUCAGCGCCUAUCUCAGGAUUUUGUUCGUGAAGUGGGUUAUAUCUGUGAUGUAAUGAACGUGCGAUUCGGGCACCCGUUGGUUCAGUUUUGUAGGAACACUACUGUAGCCGCCUACCAUGCGGCCAUAAGUGAUGCAAUUGCUAGGGCUGCUGGUCAAUCUAUUCACAUGAUGGUCUUGAUUUUGGCAGAUGAUAGUAAGACUAGAUACGAUGCGCUGAAGAGUUGGCUUUGUACGGAGACGAACAUACCAUCUCAAUGCGUGCAGCUUUCCACUUUGCGCGGACGGCCGCAUGAUCGCGGUCGAAGUAAAAACUUUGCAUCAAUCGUGCUGAAAAUUGCUUUGCAAAUGAAUUGCAAAAUGGGUGGAGCACUUUGGAGAGUGUCUAUCCCGAUAAAAAGGGCUAUGAUUAUUGGCUAUGAUUUGUAUCACGACUCGACUCUUCGCGGAAAAACAAUUGGUGCUUGCGUCUCCACCAUAGACCAGGAGUAUACGGAAUUCUUCUCGCAGACGCGCCCACAUGAGAAUCCCACGCAACUUGGAACAAAUCUUAGCUUUUUCAUUAGCAAAGCCCUUUGGAAGUACUAUAAAAGGAACAACAACACAUUACCGGAAAAGAUCUUUCUAUAUAGAGAUGGUGUUGGAGAUGGACAGAUCCCCUAUGUGGUGGAUCAGGAAGUCGACUUGGUGCAACACGCAUGCUCUGAUGCUGUGAAGAGAGCUAAAGGAGUUCCAGAGAACUUAAAAAUUAAACUUGCAUUCAUUAUCGUAACAAAAAAAGUGAACAUGAGAGUGUUCAAGUGUAAUCUGGAUGGAAGACUUAGCAAUCCUGAUUCUGGAACCGUUGUCGAUUCUGUUGUUACAAGACCUGAGCGUUAUGAUUUCUAUCUUGUACCACAAUACGUAAAUCAAGGCACUGUCACUCCUGUGUGUUAUAAUGUAAUAUACGAUGAUACCGGUAUGGAUCCAGACAGGCACCACAAGCUUGCGUAUAAGCUCUGUCAUCUCUACUACAACUGGCAGGGAACCGUUAGAGUUCCAGCUCCAUGCCAGUAUGCGCAUAAACUGGCUUUCCUUGUUGCUCAGACGCUUCACAAGGAAGCCAGUGAGCCACUACGCGACAAACUAUUCUUCUUGUGA